CUUGCAGUCGCUCGAUCCCCGCAGAAGGCGGAUAGGCAGGCUGCAUAUUGCAAAAAAAUAAAAAAAAAUAUAUAAAAAAAAUGAAGAAAUAAAUCUAUAUUAAAAAUACAACCGCCCCCCCCCCCCCGCGCCCCCCAAAUCUCCUAUCCAUUUCCUUUUUUUUUUUAAAUCGCAUGUUUAAAUAAACAUUUUUUUUUUUUUUUUUUUUACAAAAUUGUGCUUCCCAACAACAACAAAACGACUAAAAAAACGAUUUGAGAGACGGGUAAGCACUAAAAAGGGUGAUUUGGCAAAUCUCAUUUCAGUAGCCUAUUCAACUGACUUGCUUCCCUGACACAAACCGGGGACUAUGUGGACACCAUGAAUGCGCUGCGGUAUUUGCUGUUUGCUGCAGUGAGCUCCCGAGUCACAGUUUCAGGUUUGAGCCGCAGCGCUAUGCGGGGUGCGCUGGUUUGGGACUGGGAGAGCGCACAACCCGCGGAGGACAUCACCCGACCCAAACGGCUACUGCAGCAAAUCCACUCGGACAACGAGAUCCCGCACAGCGAGCUCGACACCCGGGUGAAGACUAAUUCAGACGGCCGGGCACAUACUCUCCACCUCGCUCAAGCAAGCUUCCUAGUGGAUGCCUUUGAGAAGUCCUUCAUCCUGGAGCUGGAUUUAAACCAUAAUCUGCUGUCCUCUAGCUACGUGGAGAGACACUUCUCUGAGGACGGAACGGUCCUGCAGAGCUUGGGCGGAGAGCACUGCUAUUACCACGGAACACUCCGAGGAAUCCCAGGAUCCUUCGCUGCCGUCUCCACCUGCCAUGGCCUGCACGGUGUCUUCUCUGAUGGCAACUUCACCUAUGGGAUUGAACCUCUUCCCAGUGCAGAAAGUCAGGGCAGCGAUGCCCAUGUGGUGUACAGGACCCCCGGCCUGCCCCUGCCCCUGUCCUGCCCCAAUUGCACUGAUGGAGUCAUCGAUGACAGCGCUGAUGAUGUCACCGAUGACAUCACCACCCCAGAGAGAGGCUCCUCUGAGCAGCCCUGGACUCGGUCGAAGAGACAGGUGCGCCACGCACAGCACACAGUCCAGAGCGAGACCAA